UUUCAAUUCUUAUGCUCCGAUGGCGUCUUUCGCUUCAUCUUCUCUAGAAAUAAAUCUCAACUAAACCCACCAACUAACUCCCAGUUUCGCCUUUUUGCUAGUUUUCUUCUCUUUUCUUGUUUGAAAGCCACUGAAAAUCCACACGGUCAUUUGAUUAGUUUCUUCUUGAAGCUGUGGAGAUGGCCGAUAAGGGAUGCAGCGGCUCCUACAAGAAGGAGCACAGCUUGGUGACGAGAAAGGAAGAAUCUGCGAGGAUCAUGAGGAAGUACGAGGACAGGAUACCGGUGAUAGUGGAGAAAGCACAUAGAAGCGACAUCCAAUGUGUUGAUAAGCGCAAAUACUUAGUUCCACGCGACUUAACUAUAGGGCAGUUUGCUAGUGUUAUCCGCAAGAGAAUCUGUUUACCUUCAGAGAAGGCCAUGUUUUUGUUUGUGGACAAUAUUCUUCCAGCCACAGGAGCAUUGAUGUCCGAGCUCUACAAUGAGAAAAAAGAUGAAGAUGGUUUUCUCUACUUUGUAUACAGUGCAGAGAACACUUUCGGCAGAUGUUAUCAACAACAUGGUGAUUCUAUUUCUGAGUUCUACAGUUUAGUUUGCUUAACUUGAAGUGAUUUGUUUGCUUAACCGUUUUGGUUUUGCUUGUAUUCAUGCUAUAUUCAUGUUGUUUCAUAGAUUAGCUUAGUCAAAAAUGUAAUUGUACAGGCAACAUCAUUCUGUAAAUAAUUUUGUCAGUCGCUGGAUCUAUCCUUCUACUUUCAAUAGUAGCUCUCUGUCAUGUAGAAUUUACAAAGUGG